AACAAUUCAACCACCCAGCCUACCCAUUGCGAAACACAAGAAGAGUACCAAAAGCCCCAGCCUUCACUCGUGACUCCCAAAAGCGAAGGCAGAGCCCAAAGCCCGACAAAGCCCAUUCCAUCAACCAAAACACUCCACCAAGCCAAGUCCCCCAAAAGAAAUCAGCCAAAAUGAUCCAAAGCAACAACUCCCCAGCAACCACCCAGCAGUCCACCAAAAGCAACAAAGAGCCCGUCACCACCAACAUCGAAUGGCUCAACCGUGCCUACUCUGCUGAUGGCCUCCCAGCCCUCCGCUCCCUCUACGACGAGUGGGCCGCCUCAUAUGACUCUGACCUUUCCAAGUCAGACCAGAACUACGUAGCACCCGCGCUUUCCGCCGCCACUGUCGCCAAAUAUGCCGGAAACCCAGCCGCACUCAAGAUCCUCGACGCUGGGUGCGGAACGGGCCUUGUAGGCGCCGCUCUCGCCAACCUAGGCUCCAAGCAAAUCGACGGCGUGGACCUCUCGCAAGGCAUGCUCGACGUCGCCCGCAAGACGAACGCAUACUCUGUCCUCGAAACCGCCGACCUCUCCAAGCCCCUCGAGAAAGAGACCGAUUCGUACGACGUCGUUACCUGCAUCGGAACCUUGACCCACGCUCAUGUCGGCCCCGAGGUCUUGUCUGAGUUCGUGCGUGUUGUGAGGAAGGACGGCUGGAUCAUCGCUACUGUUCUGGAUGAUAUCUGGGAGCCUGUCGGCUACCGCGCUGAGAUCGACAAGUUGGUCGCUAGCAAGAAGGCUGAGCUUGUCAGUGCCGACUCUGGUGACUACCGCAAAGGUGCCGGUGUCAGUGCACGCAUGGUUGUGCUCAAGGUCCUUGCCUGA